AUGGUCAACUUUGACCUUUAAAAGUUUGCAUGUGUGCGCGUGUUACCAGGCAAGGCAGGGUUUAAAUCCUCAAAUGUAAACAUUUAGAGGUUGGAAAUGGACUCAAAGAAGAUGAAGAGUGCUGGUCCUGGGGGAUUUCUUGAUGGAUACACUGUAGGUGGUGUUGCCAACUUCUUGGCAAAGGCAAAGACUCACGACAGUUCUGCCAAGAAAAAGCAGAAGAAAGAAUCCUUCAAUCCAGAAAAAGCCAACCUGUCAGCCCUUUUCAGUCCAAGAUCACCAUUCACGUCAACCCCCGGGGUAGGCAGUGGUUCUUACCUUACUGUUCAGCAGCAGGGUAAGAGGAAAUCUGAGGAGAGUGCUACUUCUUCAAAGAAAAGGUAAAGGGGAAAGCAGGAAAGGGUCAAAGAGGAGCAAAAUAACACAGAGAACAGCUCACAUACAACAUCAACGACAACCAACACUCAAAAUCAAGGCUCUGAGAAAGGAAAAAGCAAGAACAAAUACUUAAUGCCAGCAGAGAAACAACCUGUAAAUAAAUCAUCAGGAAUUGAUGCUCCUGUUGUACAAGAAACAUCUCCUGUAGAUACCUCUGUGUUGCCUAGAAAGAAGAAAAAAAUGAAGAAGAGGAAGUCAUAUGAAGAAAACACAAAGGAAACUUCAGACCAAGUGACUGUAAAAGAUACUAACAAAGUUCAGGUUGCUGAGAAUUCUGAGCCACCCAAGAAGAAGAGGAAGAGAAAGAAGAAGAAAGCUAAUGCAAAUAUUGCAGUUCCAGCAGCUGAUACUCCAGAGAGUAAAGAUUCUUCAGUUGGGACAGCAGGAACAGUAAAUGUACAGGAUAGCAAGAGCACAGCCAAGGAGACAAAGAAGACAUCAAAGGACCCCACCACACAAAAUGCGAAGAAAGAUCCUGGAACCCAAGACAGACUGCCAAGAAAGAAGAAGAACCAUGAGUCCAACAUAUUGUCAGAAAGAGAGUCACUUCUGAAGAACGCAGACCAAGAGGAGCAGACCAGGAAGGAACAGGUGAAGAAGAAGCAAGAGGAGAAGAAGAAGAUGACAAUAACUGAACUUGAAGAUGCAAACCCAACUCCUGGCAAGAAGCUGCGUGAUCCUGAGAGGGACCAGAGAACAGUGUUUGUAGGAAACCUGCCUGUUAGUACUACAAAGAAGGAGUUGAAGAAGAUGUUCCAGAAGUUUGGUGAAAUUGAGUCAGUCCGGUUCAGGUCAAUUGCUCAGUCCAACCCAAAUGUCUCCAAAAGAGUAGCCAUGAUGAGGCAAGAGAUUCAGGAGAAAAAGAAGAACAUGAACUGUUAUGUGGUGUUCACAGAAGAGGCAUCAGCACAGGCUGCACUCAAAAGGAAUGGCACCAUAGUUGGAGGAUCACAUCACAUCAGAGUGGACUUAGCUAGCAACAGCCAGAAGUUUGACCACAAGUUGUCUGUCUUCGUUGGCAACCUUCCCUUUGAUGUGGAGGAUGACUCUGUGUAUGAGCACUUUUCCCAGUGUGGGGAGGUGGAGGGGGUGAGGAUUGUCAGGGACGGCAAGUCUGGGCUGGGCAAGGGCUUUGGUUAUGUGCUGUUUCAGGACUCUGCAUCUGUAGGUCUGGCCAUACGGCUGAAUGAAAAACCAUUUUCAGGAAGAAAGAUCAGGGUGAAGAGGGCUGUCAAGAAAGAAAAAGUCAAGAACACAAGCUUGGCUUCAGGCUCAGCAUCAAAAGGUGACAAACCCUUCCUGAAGGGCAAGUUUUACCAAAAGACCGACCAAGGCUUCAAAUCCUCGGGGAAGGACAACUUCAAACCCAAGGACAAAGCCAUGGGAUUUAAGAAGAAACAAGGAGGGAAGAAACUCAAAGAGAGGUGGAGAAACAAGCCUGGGUUCAAGGGAGGGUUGAAAUCUAGGGGAAAAUAAGAACAUAAAUGUGCCACCCUUCCCAUGUCAGGAGCAUAUAUAUAUACAUGUAUAUACAUGUACAUGGAAGUAUGCUCUUUCUGUAACAGAUGAAGUUGGGUAGUCCUAAGUGUAUGAAGUUAGAGAUAUAAGGCAAAUACAUGUACUAGGACUUGUGUUAGUUUUUCCUACCAUGUUUAUGUCUUGGGUAUGUUCAUUAAGAUUGCAAGUUUGUUUAUUAAUUGUGGUUAUUAUGACAACUACAAGUCUGGCAACCUGAUGUAAAGCAGCAGGACUUUAGAAAAAUAAAAAUACUUU